AUGGCUGCAAUCAACCAGAAGUUCGAGGCCUUCAAAGCCAGGCUUGAUAAAGUUCUUCAUGAAAAAAAUAAAGUGACCGAUGUUUUGGAAAUCAUUGAACAAAAAACUGGCGUGAGACGGCUUUAUGUUGCACUGGGUUUUAUUGCCUUUAUUGCCCUGUAUCUGAUGAUUGGCUUUGGUGCUCAGUUUCUCUGCAACUUCAUUGGCUUCAUUUACCCAGCAUAUGCAUCGGUGAAAGCUAUAGAAAGUCAUGAAAAGGAUGAUGAUACCAAAUGGCUAACCUACUGGGUUGUGUACAGUGUUUUCAGCCUUGUGGAGUUUUUCUCUGAUAUUUUCUUAUUCUGGAUUCCAUUCUACUGGUUUUUGAAGUGUGUGUUUCUGGUCUGGUGUUUUUUGCCAGUAUCAUGGAAUGGCUCCCAUAUACUUUAUUACCGUUUUAUCCGACCAUUCAUUCUGCGCCAUCAGGAUCGUAUUGAUUCUGCUCUGCAUGAUGCAAAGGAAGCUGUCACUGAAGUAUUUAACCUGUCAACACUAAAUGAAAAGGACAUUAUAUCUCAUGCUCGUGAUUUGGCUGGAGAGCUGGCACAUAAUGAAGCUGUCAAUCGUAUUGUCAACAGUGCAAAAACAGACUGA